AUUUAAAAUGGCAAUCAACGGAAGCCCUGUGGUAGGUGACCUCGCUUCCAUUCUGGUCGAGCAUUGGAGGGACCUGGCGCCGACAAUUCGUUCUCUUCCCUUCGCUUCUCCUUCAAGAACAAAAUGGUGAACGUUCCGAAGCAGAGAAAGACUUUUUGCAAGGGCAAAAAGUGCAGGAGACAUACUCUGCACAAAGUAACCCAGUACAAGACGGGUAAAGCUAGUCUUUUCGCCCAAGGAAAAAGGCGUUACGACAGAAAGCAGUCUGGAUUCGGUGGUCAAACGAAACCUGUCUUCCACAAAAAGGCCAAGACCACAAAGAAAAUAGUGCUUCGUAUGGAAUGCACACAGUGCAAGUACAGGAAACAGAUGCCCCUCAAGAGAUGCAAGCACUUUGAACUUGGAGGAGACAAGAAACGCAAGGGCCAAAUGAUCCAGUUCUAGGAAGCAAAUGUCAUCAUUUGUACAAUAAUAAAUUGCUUCAUCACAA